CAUUUACGAAGUUACGCGGAAGGAACGCUCACUGUGAAAGUGCCGGUCAAUCUCCAUACCCAGAUGCCGCAAUGAUCAUAAGGCCGCUCUCACUCGGGGCUGCGACACCUGUCGCGCUUUGCAGUAUCGGCAAGCAAUGCCUUUCCGCGCUCCCGCGACAACAAUUGAGGUCCGCACAGUCAACACGACGUGCAUUCACCGCGCGAGUGUUGAGGAAUGCACUGUCAAAGGGCCCAGGCCAGGCGCAACGAUUGCGAGCCGGCUACUUUCUCAACAAUUCAUUUCUUCCUCGGCACAUUGUCUCAAAGGCGCCGUCGUCGACAUCCACCUCGUUCACGGCGUCGCAGCCGCCAAUUCCAGCAAGAGAUACGGCAGCCCCGGUGACGGAGACGACUCCCGAGGUCGACCUCCCACAUAGACGGCGGCAGAAAGCUCGCAAAGAUGCAGAGGCGGCAUCUGCAGAAGCAGGGCCUGCAGCGGCAGCUGAACCUGUGAUACCUCCAGACGCCUCAUCAGUCCUCACGACGGCAUCAUCAAAUCUCCCUAUAAACUCCUUCAAACGCACUCUUUCCACCCUGCUUGCCUUGACGAAGCCGCGUCUUUCCUUUCUCAUUGUCCUCACCACCACCUCCGCUUAUUCCAUCUACCCUGUCCCCGCUCUCCUCUCACCCGCAAUAACCGACACCCCGUCGCUAUCGGCCUUGACGCUGCUCUUCCUCACAUUUGGCACGUCGUUAACAUGCGCGUCCGCCAACACUCUCAACAUGCUCUACGAGCCUAAAUGGGAUGCCAUGAUGUCGCGCACGAAGAACCGCCCUCUCGUCCGUGGUCUCAUCUCACCCCGCGGCGCCGUGCUCUUUGCAGCGCUAUCCGCGGCAAUUGGAACAGGGGCAUUAUAUUACGGCGUAAACCCCACCGUAGCGUCCCUCGCAGCCUUCAAUAUAUUCCUUUACGCAGGGGUCUACACACCGCUUAAACGCGUUUCCGUCAUCAACACCUGGGUCGGAGCUCUCGUUGGUGGAAUCCCCCCCCUGAUGGGCUGGGCCGCAGCGGCCGGGCAGACUGCUACUGGCUCCGGGGACUGGAAGGAGCUGCUGUUGGGCUAUGAGAACAUGGGUGGCUGGCUACUAGCUGCGCUGCUCGUCGCCUGGCAGUUCCCCCACUUCAUGGCGCUGUCGUGGACUAUUCGCCAUGAGUACAAGAACGCGGGCUACAAGAUGCUGGCCUGGACGAACCCCGCGCGCAACGGACGUGUGGCGCUGCGUUACUCGCUCGUCAUGCUCCCGCUAUGUAUAGGCUUAUGUGCAGUGGGCGUGACGGAGUGGAGCUUUGCGGUCGCGAGCACGCCCGUCAACCUCUGGAUGGUGCGCGAGGCGUACCGGUUCUGGAAGUACGAGGGGCUGAAGGGCAGCGCGCGCGGCCUGUUCUGGGCCAGCGUGUGGCAUUUGCCCGCGGUGAUGGUGCUGGCGAUGGUGGAGAAGAAGGGGAUGUGGCAGAGGGUUUGGAGGGCCAUCGGGGGGGCGGUGGAGGAUGACGAGUGGGAGGAGAUCGAGGAGGAUGAGGUCCCGGGUAAGACUACAGUCGCGUCUGUGUAGGGUGACCGACCUGGCUUGCCCUGAACUCAUGAGUUCACGGUUUUGGGGUAUAUUAUACAAUACGUGCAUUGGCGGAGUUGAGGUCUGAUGUACAAUAGUGGGCUUGCAUCGUCGUUUUCGUUUUUGAUCAUCUUUGCACUUUCAAAUAGUAAAUAGUUCAAUAGGGUAGAUCUAUCAUCUCAAUCUACGCAUGGCU